AUGGCCAAUACUUCCGCCCCACCGUUCAAGGUCAAGGCACUGUUCGACUACAACUCUCCACAUGACGAUGAUCUCAACUUCCCAGCUAAUGAAGUCAUCACCGUCACCGAAGAGGAAGAUGCUGAUUGGUAUUAUGGGGAGUAUCAUGAUAAGUCUACGGGGGAGUUGAGGCAGGGGAUUUUCCCGAGGAACUUCGUCGAGAGAAUCGUGGUUGAGCUCCCUCCUAGGCCGACGCGGGGUGGGGGCGGUAGGAGGAAACCGGUGGAGGAACAUCAACCUGAACCUCCGGUCGAGUAUCAGGAUGACACCCCUCGUGUAAAGUCCCCCCCUCCGCCAGCUCCCGUCGCCGAACCUUCGCCCCCCGCCGCGCAGAGCCAUUUGGAAUCUCCAAUUGCAGCUCCAAAUGCUUAUGAGACCCAUACCGCCAUCCACCAGGAGAAGCCGGACCCUGCUCAACCCGCCCCCUCGCCAUCCGUAGCAAAGCCGGCCCCCGCAUUCAAGGCCCCUCCUAAGCAGUCACCAGCACCAUCUGUUGAGAGAUUAGCUCCGUCAUCGUCUAAACCCCCGCCUCUGGAGAAGCCAUCUUCAUUCAAGGACCGCCUUGCAUUGUUUAAUAAGGGUUCUGCGGCUCCUAUUGCACCCUUUAACCCUCACAAGCCACCCGUCAAUUUUAUCAAGAAACCUUUUGUUCCGCCCCCCCCGAGCAAACACGCAUAUGUCCCUCCUCCAAUUCAAAACGUACCAAAACCUAGGAGAGAUGAGGACUCUAAUUACGGCCGCCCGGAUCCGGACGAAGCACCUGCGAGGGGCUCUACUGAGCAAGAGAGGGAGAAGGAGGAUGAAGGGCCCAAAAUGACGCUAAAAGAUAGGAUGGCAUUAUUACAAAAUCAGCAGCUGGAUCCUACCGGACUUGGAUGGAGAAAUAAGAGACCCCCGAAACCGAAACGAAAUGAGGGUGAGAGAACCUUAGAAGAUGAUCAGUCUCAUACUGCCCCCGAGGACAACCCCCACGAAUACAAGUCUCACGAUUCCACCGGACCCCAGGCUACUGAGAGGGAAGGGCUGGAGGUGGCGCCAAAGCCGAAGAAGAAGAGUGUCGAUAUUUCCCGCGAAGACACAGCUAUGGAGGAGUCGAGUGCGGGCGAUGCAGAUAUUUCUUCUGCCUCUGGCUAUACUGGUGAGGAAACAGUUACUAGCAGAGGUCGUCCCCCAAUCUCUUCUCAUAGGGAGGAUAAAUCGGAUGAUGGGGACGAUGAAGGUGCGAAUGAUGACACCCCAGAUAACCCGGAUUCAGAUGAUGAGGAGGUCGAUCCCGAGGUAGCAAGAAAGAUGGCUAUUAGGGAGAGAAUAGCCAAGAUGAGUGGUGGGAUGGGUAUGCACGGCAUGUUUGGCGGUAUGCCCAUGGGAGGACCCCCUCCACCGCCCCCAAAGAAGAAGAGUUCUUUGACCUCUGGGCCUCCCAAAGAGGAGGAUGAGAGUCUUAGGAGGUCCUCGAAUGACGGCGAUGAGAGUGAAAAUAAGAGUUCAAGCGAUUACGCACAGGCACCACCAGUCGCCUUGCCAUUUGGCUUGCCCAGAGUUCAAUCCCCACCCGCCGCUGAGCAGCAAAGAUCUGAUAGCGAAGCUGAAGAGCUGGCUAGAGAUAUGAGUGGAGCAAGCGAAAGGAUUUCUGAAGAGCAUUCAUGGGACGAGGUUGCAGAUGCGGAAGAUAUCAAGCCACAACAAGGCCAGCAAGCGAUCACCCCACACCCUCAAGGACCGAGGCCUAUGCCGGGAUCACCAAUACUCGAGAAGAGGCAUUCGCAGAUCUCACCCCAUUCGAUACCUCAGGGUAAGUGCCCCCGCUUCGUAUUAUCUGGAUUGGCCCGUUGAUCAGGUAGCACCAGACCGGCCUGCACCACCCCCUAUUCCGAAUGAGAGGCCUGCACCUCCUCCACCUCCCAGCGAACGUGAGUUUAUCAUGACUACUCCCCUUUAUCCAUUUCUAAGCUAACUAUCCUUAUUUAGCGCCUACUGCGCAAAUGCCACCUGCAGUAGCUCGGACACCUUCCGAUGGAUCUGUUUCUGAUGAUGAGCUUUCCAUUCACACCGGUAAACUUAAUAUCUCUACUUCUGAGCUUGGAGAGCUUCGAGCAGCUCCUCCCCCACCACCUUCCGGACCUCCCAGCAUUCCGAGCGGGCGCCCAGGCUCUAGCUACGAUGCUUUAUCACCCACGUCACCCACGAGCAAGCGCGUUUCUCAAGGCUACUUCAAUGCUCAGUCCUCACCUACCGCCUCGCCAGUCACACCUGGGGGUCAGAACAAGCGAGCUAGCUAUCAGAGGGCCGCUGGUACAAUGCCUCCGAUUCCCAUGAGCUCUCCACCUUCCAUGAGUCGUCCUCCCCCGCCACCACCUCCCUCCGGACCCCCUCCCAGGGCUAGUGUAGAUGAGUCUCGGCCGGAUCUUGCAGGAAGUCAGGGACAAUCUGAUACUGAGGAAGAAGUGACCGAGUAUGAGGCAGAUUAUGAUACGGAUAUUGGAAAUAAGGUAGCGCAUAGAGAUGCACUGAAGGGCAAGGAGGUCGGAAGGCGAGAUAGUUAUGACGAUGGUGACGGGGGAGCACUUUUGCCCCCAUCUGUUACUAGCCCCCACGCACCCCCUAGGAACGUGCCACUACCUCCACCUCCGGCCCCACCAUCCAACCCCCCACCUUCUAGGAAAGGGCGGCAAUCAAUGGAUAUGCCACGAGCCGCACCCCCACCCCCACCGCCAGCCCCACAAGCUCAAGAACCAGAGCGAUAUGAGGACCAUGAUGACUAUGAUCCUUACAAUUACGAAUCUCCUCGUCUUGCUUCUCCACCUCCUCCGCCUACAUCUGGGCCUCUUCCGCCACUGCUGCACCAGGUGCCCCCCUCCCAACGAGACCAGCCCCGAAGUAGCACCGGCAGACAAUCUAUGGAUUCCUCUAGACCCGCAGCUGGUAGGCGCUCAAUGGAACAAGGUCGACCGGUUGCGGAGUUUAUUGCUCGGGAUGUCGAUUUAGGAGAACGAUCUCAGUGGUGGAAAACCCCCAAAACUCCUCCUCCUAUCUUUCAAAAUCGCUCCAAGGAACUCCAUUUUGAGGUUGAAGAAUCCACCUCAACCCGGCGCGGCGGAAGAACUACAGUGACCAAGGAUGUUUACGUUCUUUUCAACGAUUAUUCACAAACAGUUGUGACCGCCCGCUACGAUCGCGAUGAUCCCGCCAACGCAUCCCUUGAGCAGCGACACGAACAGCCUCCGCCAAAUCCUCGACAGGACCAGCUUGAGGAGUUUCAGACUAAAUACGGCGCAAAUAUUUAUGUUGGAGCUAGAUCCCGCGAGAAUACUGUCGUGGGAGACGGAGAGCCCCAUACAUUGAUUCAUGAACUAUUCAAACUCGUUCCCAAUGCAUUGAGUCCUGCCGGUCACCGCUCAUAUGGUGCCCUUGUAUAUGCCAACCUUGCAAAUGCCAACACUAUACUGAACGAUGAGAUCAGAGCUGGAGAUAUCCUUACGUUUCGAAACGCAAAAUUCCAAGGACACAAAGGAGGCCUACAUCAGAAGUACUCAAUGGAUGUUGGGAAGCCGGACCACGUCGCAAUAGUUGUGGACUGGGACGGAACAAAAAAGAAGGUCAGGGCCUAUGACCAAGGUAGAGAGAGUAGAAAAGUCAAAAUCGACAGCUUCAAGAUAGGCGACUUGCGCAGCGGGGAAGUCAAAGUCUGGAGGGUUGUUGGACGUGAUUGGGUCGGAUGGGGCCAAGGAGAGCAAUGAUAAUGUAGCAUUAGUUAGAUAAUUGCAACCCGCGGGGCGUCUCUCGUUGAAUGUGAUGAGGGGAAUUUUGUUCUUUUCUUCCUUUUCUUGUCAGUUUCUCGGAAUCGGACUUUCCGCCUGGUUUUCUUUUUUCUUCUUUUUUCGAUGCUGAUAAUGAGUGGUGUGGUUGGUGCUCCGGGAGGGCUUGGUUGUGCUGAAUUGAAAUUCUCCUGAUAUCAUUCGUUAUAUUGCACUUUUAUUUCCUUUGGUUAUGCAAUGUUUGGGCUUUUCGUGGGUAAUUAAGGGAUGGUAAUGCUAAUUUAUUCCCUCGGGAGGGUGCCCUUCGUCCUACGGCGAUAAAAUCUUGUGUCUGAAACCCGAGAGAGGGGAGGUGGACAAGGUCCGACUCUUUUUGCAUCUAGGCAAGACGGGUCUUCGUAGGCUCCAUGGAGCAUAAUGUGUGUUCUGAGGGAGUAAAACUUCUUGUGAGUAUGUUGAACCGUUGCACAAGAACCGGUCCGCGUUGGAUUUUCUUGCGGAUGGCGCAACAGUUGGUG